CACCCGCUCUGCGUGCUGCUGCUGUUGUGCGCAUUGAGUCUCACUCUCCGACUGCACGACGGAGGAGAGACUCGCUUGAGAAUGUCACGAACCGAACAGAUGCACAAAACCCCUCCGGUUUAGACAAAAGGUCUUUCAGGUGGGCCGACAGGAUGGGGGAAGGGCCUGCAGUCAGGCCUUUGGCUGCUAUUACGCCCGUGCAGCAGAUGCUGGCGUCUGGCACUGGGGCUGUGCUAACAUCUCUUUUUGUCACACCAUUGGAUGUAGUGAAGAUCAGACUUCAAACCCAGCAAACUCCCCUCUAUCAAGCACUAGCAGCAGAUUCAAGGCCCUGGGCUGGGGUCAUCCGCCCUUCAAAAUGGAAAUGUUUCCUCUAUUGUAACGGGUUGAUGGACCACGUCUAUGUGUGUCAGAAUAUGUCAAGCUGCUCCAGCUGGUACAAAACCCCCACCCAUUUCAGUGGGACUGUGGAUGCAUUUGUUAAGAUCACACGUAAUGAGGGGAUCAGGUCUUUGUGGAGCGGACUUCCCCCCACACUGGUGAUGGCAGUUCCUGCCACAGUCAUCUACUUCACCUGCUAUGACCAGCUGCGAGACUUCCUGCGUUACAGCAUGGGCUAUCAAGGGGACCAUAUUCCCCUUAUAGCAGGAGGGUUAGCGAGAUUGGGAGCAGUGUCUGUGAUCAGUCCUCUGGAGUUGGUUCGGACUAAGAUGCAGUCCCGCAGACUCCCAUACAGCGAGCUGAUGGUGUGUAUCCGCUCGUCUGUGGCUCAGGAUGGCUGGUUAUCUCUCUGGAGAGGCUGGGGUCCCACUGUCCUACGGGACGUGCCCUUUUCAGCCCUGUACUGGUUUAACUAUGAGCUAGUGAAGGCACAGCUGUGUGAGCGGUACAGUGCACCACAGACCUCCUUCACCAUCAGUUUUACAGCCGGGGCCGUCUCAGGAGCUAUCGCUGCAGUUCUGACCCUGCCGUUUGACGUGGUGAAAACGCGCAGGCAAAUCCAGUUAGGGGAAAUGGAUGCUGUCGGAGCAAUCUCUAGGAAGAAACCAGCCUCCACAUGGAACAUGAUGAGGAAUAUCUGGAUUGACAUGGGAUACAGGGGUUUGUUUGCAGGUUUCCUUCCAAGAGUGAUCAAAGUUGCUCCCGCCUGUGCAGUCAUGAUCAGCACUUAUGAGUUUGGGAAGACUUUCUUUCAGAAGCGUAACCUGGAUCAGGCGAGAUGUGGUCUUUGAUAUGGGCGAGAGGACCUGUGGUUUGUCCAGGAUCUAGCCCUGAGGAAGCUGAGAGGGACUCAUUGUCAGCUACUGCAAAC